ACUAUCUUUUUUUCCGUGUUAUGGCACCGAGUGUUGGAAGGUUAGUAACUGCAUUUGGCUCGGCCACUGGAAUCGCCAACUUCAUCUUCAACAAAGCAUGUCUGCAAGGCCUUCCAGCAUUGUCUCUGUUGCGUUCUGUUGCUACUCAUACUUUCUCCAUCAGUCCUGAAGCACCCGAAGAUGGUGCUGGAACAAAUCACAACGAGUUUCAGAGAUGGGAUAAUGGAGGAGGGACUUUCCACAAGUCAGCCUGCAUUGAUCCAACUGCUGUUGUAGAGAUUGGUGCUAUAGUUCAUCCAAAGUCUUUCGUGGGUGCCUAUGCUCAUAUUGGAUCAGGAGCUGUUAUUGGACCUUCUGUUAGCAUUGGUCAAGCGACAAAGAUAGGGUAUAAUGUUACACUCUGCAGUUGUACUGUAGGUGAUUUGUGUGUGAUACACAAUGGAGUUUGCAUUGGUCAAGAUGGGUUUGGGUUUAUGGUGGAUGAGCAUGGAACUAUGUUAAAGAAACCUCAGAUGCUGAAUGCUCAGAUAGGGAACCAUGUGGAGAUUGGUGCAAAUACUUGCAUUGACAGGGGCAGUUGGAGAGAUACAGUUAUAGGGGAUCAUUCAAAGAUUGAUAAUUUAGUUCAGAUUGGUCAUAAUGUAGUCAUUGGGAAGUGUUGCAUGCUUUGUGGGCAAGUUGGGAUUGCAGGAUCAGUGACGAUAGGAGACUAUGUAACUAUGGGGGGAAGGGUAGCGGUUCGUGAUCAUGUUUCUAUUGUAUCAAAGGUCCGUCUUGCGGCUAAUAGCUGUGUCACCAAGGAUAUCAAAGAACCUGGGGAUUAUGGUGGUUUCCCAGCUGUACCAAUUCAUGAGUGGCGAAGACAAAUUGCAAAGAGUAGGAAUCUUUAGAAUAAUUAGUAACCAAAUCAAGUUCUGGUGGGUAUUAAGGCUUGCUCUAUUGUUACGUUCUUCUCAGACAUUGAGUGCAAUUAGCAAAAAAGAGAACAAGCUGAGAGAUAUCAUGUACACUUAAGCAGACCAAAUUUAAUUUAUGAAGUCUGUCUCUUAUAAAUCAUUCUGAAUUAUUUUCUUCAAGUGAUUUGCUGGUUGGAAAAUACA